AUGGCCAUAGGGUUGGGCUCUGGCACUGAGCCCUCUCCAGAGCUGCAAAAGGACCAGGAGCUUGGACAUCUCAGAGCUGGAGACCUAGUCUUGAUGGAAAACACAUUAUCAGCUGGGAAAAUGCAGAGGAUAUCCAAGCAAGCCUCAAAAAUAUUUCAGCAAACCAGUGCUCUCCUAUGGAAAAAUAUUCUUCUGGUGUGGAGGAUGAAGACAGAAAGUUUUCAGGAAUGGAUUUCAUUGGCAGUUUUCCUCUUCGUCCUCCAACAAUUAGGAGAUAACAUAAUUCACUACUCGACGCGAGAAUUCCCUUACAAGUUCCUGGGCCAGUUGGAUGACCCAGCCUACAACGCCACGGGAGUGCCACUGGUGUACACACCUGGCACCAGCACCACCAGGCACAUCAUGAGCAAAGUGGCCUCAGCUUCAGCCAUGGCAGGUGUAAUAAUAGAAGAGAUGGAAAAUGAGGAAAAAGUAGAAGAUGAAGCAGCUGAGAAGAAAGAAGCUGUUGGUGUUGUUUUCAAGGAGGAUUUGUCCUACAGCAUCAGAUUUCAACCGAACAGAAUGGUGUUGCCAGAUGAUGUCUUUGAACACCUUGAAUCCUGCUGGGAUUAUACAUCAAGUUACUGCAAAACUCCUUUUUACUGGUUUGGGGGUUUCCUCUCCCUGCAGUCCAGCAUUGAUGCAGCACUCAUAGAAAUGGAAACCAACCAUUCUGUCUGGAAAGAGAUGCAGACAAUUACUGGAGUCCAACUGAGGUCCCCCAUGAUGACACCUGUGUUUAAACUGGAUUACACUUGGUUCAUUAUUUGUGUUGUAGUCUGCUACUCCCCAUUUAUGUACUUUGUGUCAGUCAAAGUUCUAAGGGAGAAGAAGAGGCUCAAAGUAUUAAUGAGAGCAAUGGGUUUGCAAGAUAUUGCCUUCUGGUUCUCCUGGAGCUUGUUGUACAUCGUGUACAUCUCAGUAGCAGCUGCUCUGCUGACACUGGUCACCUUGAGUGAAGUCUUCCGUCAAUGCAGCUUUUCUGAGCUAUAUUUUCUUUAUUUCUUUUAUGGCAUAGCAUCUAUUCACUUCACUUUCAUGCUCAGCUUAUUGGUAAACCAGCCAAAUAUUGCCAGUUUCGUGGGGUUUGUCCUUCACAUCCUCUUUGGAUCAUUGGGGUUUUUGACACUGUUUGAGAAACUUCCACCUUCUUCAGAAUGGAUUUUGAAUAUCUUCAGCCCUUUUGCCUUCACAGCUGGUCUAGCUACGGUGGUAAAAUUAGAAAAAUAUGGACCAGCCUCUACCCCAGAAUUGUACCCUUUCUAUAAUCUAUACCUCAUCCUGAGCCUUGACAGUGUCCUGUAUUUCCUGCUGGCUAUCUACUUCGACAAGGUUUUGCCUGGAAAAUAUGGAAUACCAUACCCUCCUACCUUCUUCCUGAGACCAUCCUACUGGAUGAAGCCCAGGAAUGGGCACGUGGGGGUGCAAGGAGGCAGUGAGAGAAACCAUGACCCUGUGCUCAGCAGCAACACCGAGCCAAUGCCUCCAGGCUUUGAAGGGAAGGAAGCAAUCAGACUAAACAAUAUUAAGAAAACCUACAAGAAGAAGGACAAGAGUGUCGAAGCUUUAAGGGGUUUGUCCUUAAACAUAUAUGAAGGUCAGAUCACUGCAUUACUUGGCCACAGUGGAGCUGGGAAAACUGCUCUCUUAAAUGUGCUCAGUGGAUUUUCCAAACCUUCAGCAGGUUCUGCAAUGCUGUACAACUACAACGUUUCUGAAGUAUGGGAUAUGGAAAGAGUUCAGGCAAUGGUUGGGGUUUGCCCCCAGCUUAAUUUGCACUUUGAAACCUUAACAGUGAAGGAAAACCUGAAAACUUUUGCUCACAUCAAGGGGAUUCAGUGGAAGGAAGUAGAGCAAGAGGUGCAAAAAGUUCUCGUGAUGUUGGACCUCACUGACCUUCAGAAUGUUUAUGCUGAUACUCUGACUGGGGGACAGAAGAGAAAAUUGUCUCUUGGAAUUGCAAUCUUAGGAAAUCCCCAGGUGUUGCUCUUGGAUGAGCCAACAGCUGGGUUGGAUCCCUGCUCCAGGCACCACGUGUGGAGCCUUCUGAAGGAACGCCAGGCUGGACGCGUGACCCUCUUCACCACCCAGUCCAUGGAGGAGGCUGAUGCUCAUGCUGAUCGGAAAGCUUUCCUCUCAAAUGGCACAUUAAGGACUGUUGGCUCAUCUCUGUACUUGAAGAGAAAAUGGGGACUUGGCUACCACUUAAGGAUGCAAAUAAACAACCUGUGUGAUCCAGAGAGUAUCUCAUCCCUGGUCAGGCAGUACAUCCCUGAUGCUGUGCUCAAAGGACACACAAGGGAUGAGCUGUGUUAUAUGCUGCCUCUGGAAAACACUGAUAGCUUCCCAGAUCUGUUCAGCCACCUCGAGAACAACCUGUUGCAGGGGGUUGUUAAAUAUGAGGUUACCAGGACAACCCUGGAAGAUGUUUUCCUGAAGCUGGAGGGUGAGGAAGCCAAGGAUCAAGAAGGAGACAGAGACCUUGAGGAGUGUUACCAAAGCCUCCCAGUGUUUUCCAAGCAGGGAAUCAUGGCAAUGAGUGGGAUGAAGCUCUGGAGGCAGCAAGUGUGUGCUGUGAUGAGAGUUCGGCUCUUAAAACUAAAGCACGAAGGAAAGAUGCUCAGGUCCAUAUUGCUGUUACUUGGAGCCUUUGUCAUUCUCGUGCUGAUGAUGUUCAUUAUGCUUCAACUGUGGCACAGCUCCAUCAGCUGGGAAUUUUCGGCCAGUCCUUAUUUUCUUCCCACUAACAGGAAAAGGACAAAUAGGUCAACAAACCUCCUCAUCCUCAACGACACAGGAGCAGAAAUUGAGGAUUUCAUUGCUGCUUUGAAGAUUCAAGGCAUAACCCCAGAGAUAAGCCUUGAGAAAAACAUCACAAGCCUUCUACAUCAUAAUGGAGCUAUAAAAGUCUCCCUGGAAGGCAAGAGCUACCAGUUCACGGUCAUGUGUAGCCCAGAACCUAUCAGCUGUUUCCCUGUGCUCAUGAACAUCCUCAGCAACACCUUCCUAAGGCUCUUCAACUCCACCAAGCGCAUCCGUGUCUGGAGUGAACUCUUCCACAGAACACAAAGCAUCUCUAUAAAGAGCUAUAUUUUUUUCAACUGUCUCAGCUACCUGCUGAUUUUGGCUGCUGGUUUGCCUCCUCUCUUUGCAGCGAGCAGCAUGGAGGAUUACAAGGUAAAGGCUCGCACUCAGCUGCGGCUCGCGGGGCUCUUCCCCUCGGCAUACUGGUGUGGGCAGGCACUGGUGGACAUCCCUUUCUUCUGGACCCUGAUAAGCCUCAUGUUUGGGAUCUUGGUGCUCUUCAGAUUCACCUGGCCCUUGACAGCCAGCACCAUUCUGCUCAUGAUCAUUUGCGUCAUUGGUUAUGGAGCAUCUCUUGUCCUCCUUGUCUAUUUAAUUGCCUUCAAAUUCCGCACGGGACGAAGCAAUCGCUACAUUUGGUCUUUAAUGUUCAUUCUGCCCUACGUCCACUGUGUGAUUUUUGCUUUCCUCCUGCGCUGUUUGGAGAUGAGAUAUGGAGAACCAGUUGCAAGACUUGAUCCUAUCUUCAGGAUCCAGCAGAGGAGAGUGGUCACCUGCCAGAACAAGGACUACCCUGGAGAGGAGCCCCCAGAAGUCCAUGCAGAGAGAGAGAGGGUGAGGAGUGCCAUGGCCUCUAUGCAGCAGGAUGAGGAGUUGGUUGUCGUCGUCAACAGUUUGCGCAAGGAAUAUGAAGUCAAGAAAGUCACUUCCAUCUGCAAGAAAAAGAAGAAACUCGCUGUCCAAAAUCUCUCUUUCAGUGUUAAAAAAGGAGAAAUAUUAGGUCUCUUAGGACCCAACGGAGCUGGAAAAACCACAACCCUAAACAUGAUCUCUGGACACUUAACCCUGACUGCUGGGGAGGUGCUGCUCAGAGGCCACGAUGCAGUCACUCUGUCCCCAGGGCAGGGCAGCCCAGGCUGCCUGGGUUGUUGUCCCCAGCAGAAGCUGCUCUGGCCAGACCUGACAGUGCUGCAGCAUCUGGAGACAUAUGCUGCUGUGAGAGGGAUGAAGAAAGAAGAUGCAGCUCUCACCAUCAGCUGCAUGGCAAAGGCCUUGGAUCUCCUGAAACAUUUCAAAACCCCAGCUAGGAGAUUAGCAGCUGGAGAAGCCAGAAAGCUAUGUUUUGCUCUGAGCAUCCUGGGAGACCCAACAGUGAUGCUCUGGGAUGAGCUGUCGGUGGGGAUGGACCCGAGAGGGCAGCGCUGCAUGUGGAAAGUGAUUCAGAACAUCAUGAAAAGCCAGGAGAGAUCAGCCAUCCUCAGCAGCCACUGCCUGGAGGAGAUGGUGACAAUGUGUGACCGUGUGGCCAUCCUGGUCUCGGGGAGGCUACGGUACAUAGGCUCUCUUGAGGAUCUGAAAAGUAAGUUUGGCACAAGUUACAACCUAGAAGUCAAAGUGGCCGACGUGGGGCAGAGUGAUGCUGUCCAUGCUGAAAUGCUGAAGCUGUUCCCCCAUGCAGCUUGUCAACAAAGGACUUCUUCUUUGCUCAUCUAUAAGAUACCCAUGGCAGAUGCUCUACCUCUGUCCUGCUCUUUCUCCAAGCUAGAAGCAGCUAAACAGAAUUUCAGGCUUGAGGAGUAUAGCUUGUCACUGAGCACUUUGCAGCAGGUGUUUAUAGACCUCACCAGGGACACAGAGGAGCUUGGCCUGGAUGUGGCACCCAAAGGAGCCUUAGAGCAGAGGUCACUUCACCCCUGA